GUCAUUUUCAAUAUGUACUCACCCAAACAAGUAAUUCUCAAACCUCGUUCAAUGUUCAGGAGAAAAUCGGUUUCUUCGUGGGUAGGUCAUGUGCAAGUCACAGGUCGAAUAAUAAAAGUGAUCAGCUGCCAGACGAUAGGAUCAUUGCUAUUUUCAUCACAACGCCUGGUCUUUUCUCCCGCCUUUUCCUCUUAUAGUGUACGUCAUCUGACGGAUCAACUCAAAAGUCUUGACAAGAAGUCUGGAGGCAGUGAAGAGAGCAAUGUACAACCAUGUCUUCUCUAGUGAAUAUCCUUAAGGGUGCGGUGGAGUACAUCGGGGUUACAAACCUCUUGGCCGCGACCACGUUGUGUCUUGUAACUUACUGGUUUAUCCGUACCAACUAUUGGACGUUAUUCUAUCGUCUUCCCCCUGGUCCGCCGGUCAUCCCGCAUCCCCUCGAUGGUAUUCUGGAAUUGUUUCCAGUCAAGGAUCGUUUCGGGCGUUUGAUCCAACUCAGUAAAAGAUAUGGCGAGAUAUAUUGUCUGCGAAUCGGCUCAAAAAUGUUUACUGUGAUUUCAAGUCCUAGUCUUGUCAAAGAACUCAUCGUAAAACAAGCUGAUGUAACAUCCAACAGAAUCCCGCUUCCAUUCUUAGCCCAAACUAUGGGUUACACUGGGGGUAUUGCCUUCAGUGAAGGGGAACCCUGGCAGGAACUCCGUCGAUUUAGUCUCUCUGCUCUCCGUAACUUCGGCAUGGGUCGGAGGGGAAUCGAGUCGCGGAUACAGGAAGAAGCGCACAUCCUUUGUGAUGCAUUUGCUGGAAAGUCCGGAGAGGCAUUCGACGCCAUGCACCUCACAAAUGCAGCUGUUUCCAACAUCAUCUGCACUAUCACAUUCGGGAGGCGGUUAGAGUAUGAUGAUCCUAUUUUCAUUGAUAUGAUUCGGAGGCUGAGGAACGUUACAAAUGUACUCGGGAUAAAUCCCAUCAUUCGGGGGCUUAUGAGAAGAUUCCCGGUGAUACUAAGGACUCCGUUUCUAAAGGGACCAAGAGAUAACAUUCUGGGGAUUAAGGACUUCAUUAACAAGGAAGUGAAAGAACACAUGGAUAGCUAUGAUGCCGAUGACAUCCGGGACAUUAUCGACAUGUACCUAGCGGAGGCGGAACGAUUGGAAAACGAAGAAGGCGAAUGGAGAAGCAAACCGUAUUUAACCAAAGAUGAUAUCUGGAUGUGUGUUUUUGAUCUAUUCAUUGCUGGAUCUGAAACUACGUCGUCGUCGUUGCUUUGGUUCAUUCUCGUAAUGGCGAGCAUUACAGAUGUACAAGAGAAGAUCAUAACUGAGAUCGAUCGGGUUGUUGGAAGGGAAAGAGCUCCAUGCGUUGAUGAUCGCAAGGAUAUGCCGUAUACUGACGCAACUAUAACAGAGGUCCUUCGGUUCCGACCUGUUGCACCAAUUGGAGUCGGGCAUGCCACUGCCAAGGACGUCGAGAUCAGAGGUUACACCAUUCCUAAGCGUACAAUGAUUCUGAUUAAUAUCGUGGCUCUUCACCUUGAUCCGAAUCUAUGGGAAAACCCGGAAGAGUUCAACCCUGAUCGCUUCCUGAGUGAAGACGGAAAGACUGUUAUCAAGCAUGAUGCGUUCACUGUAUUUGGUGCAGGUCGACGUGUGUGUCUUGGUGAGCAACUCGCACGGAUGGAGCUUUUCCUCUUUGCAACAACUCUCAUGCAGCGAUUUCGCUUUCAUCUUCCGGAAGGAGAUGGUGGCGACUUCGGCUUCGGACACUGCUAUGGUACUCUUGUGCCAAAGACGUUCAAAGUCUUUGCACAUGAGCGAUAGAUUUUGGUUUGCUUGUAGUUAUAAUACUGCCACAACACAAAGCUUCAGUGUGUCCUGAGGAGGAAGAGCAAAUUCAAUUGCUGCAGCUUGAUACCUUUAUUCUUUUAUCGUGGAUAAUUUGACAACGAUCAGCUUGGAACAUGUGUCAAAUAUGAUUUUAGCCAGGGGCAGCGAUCCUGGGGGCCGGGGGACACAGUGCCCCCCACCGACUUUUUGAAGCACUGAAAAAGUGCCCUUUAUUACGCAAUAAAAAUGCCCCUCUCACGAUCGUGUACUGCGCCCCUUUCUUUGGAAAAGGACCCAUUUUAGGUGUUUCCAAGUGCCCUUUCUCGUGAGUGCCUUUUUUUCAACAAAAAUGCCCCCCACGACGUGUUCUGUGCCCUUUCAUCUAAGAAGUACCCGUUUUAUGUGUGAGCAAGUGCCAUAUCUCGUAUCAGUGCCAGAUUUUUCCCAAAAAUUCCCCCUCACUAACGUGUUCUGUGCCCCUUUCAUCUUUAAAGGACCCGUUUUAUGCCGUUAGCAAGUGCUCUUUUGCCUCUUAUAUAGGUGCCCUUUCUCGUAUCAAUGCUCCGUUUUACCCCAAAAAGUGCCCCUCAUGAACUUCGUGUUCUUUGCCCCUUUUACUUGAGAAAGACCCGUUUUAUGUCUGAGCAAGUGCUCCCUUGCCUAAUUCUUGUAAGUCCCUUUCUCUAAUCAGCGCCCCUUUUUACCCAAGAAAAGUACCCCUCACGAUUAUGUCCUGUGCCCCUUUCACCCGAUAUGCCGUUAGCAAGUGCCCCUUUGCCUUCUUGUAGGUUCCCUUUCUCAUAUCAGUGCCCCUUUUUACCAAAGAAAAGUGCCCCACGAACGUGUUCUGUGCCCCUUUUUCCAGAGAAGGAUCCUAUUUAUGCCAUUAACAAGUGCCCCUUUGCCUUCUUAUAGGUUCUUUAUAUCAGAUAAGUUUUCCUGAAAACCACUUUUUUCAUGCCCGACGAGCGCCCGGUUUCUUUAUUUAGCGCCGUUCUGCUUCCUUCUGCAAGUGAAAAAUAAAUAAAAAAUUAUAAAAAUAAUCAUACGUGCCUUAGGUUUUCCAAAAAAGUUUACGCAUGCUGCCUCCCAGUGAAAAAAAAAUCUGCGUCCGGCCAUGUUUAAGAUAGUGCCCAUUUCGAAAAAAAUGGUGCACUUUUUUACUGUGCCCCCCACCCCCACUUUCAAAUUCUCUCCGCCGCCCCUGAUUUUAGCAAAUGCCAUCCUAUUAAUAUUAUUAUUAUUUGGUCACAAAAAACACACACAAAAUUUACAAUGUAAACACAAAAAUACAAUUUGAAAUUGAGAUGAGUAGAAAUGAAAGAAAAAAAGAAGAGAAUAAGAAAAUUGUUAUCCAUGGGCCAGGGCUCGCAAAAGUAAAGUUCGGUACUAUUGCUUAGAGGCAUGCAAGCCUCAUAGAAUAAAAAACAAUGAGUAUUGCACAUUCCGGUAUAUACAAUUACAUGUUAUUAAAAUUCAAAUAAAACACAUUCAACAAACAUUGUUAACAAGUAUGUAACGUCAGGCAAGAUCAAAGAAACAAAGAGGGGCAUUGGGAAGAAUUUACAUACCCAUGCCGGACUGAAUGCUUAACAUAACAUAUCAUGAAAAUAACUUAAAUUUUGUGUAAAUACUAGAGCCUGAAAAGCAACAAUGAAACUAAGAGGAAUGCCCGAGACAGCAGCAAAAGCAUGCCUCCACAUUCCUAUUAAUGACAUGUGUACUCGCCAGGCUCCAGCACCUAACACAUAACAAAUCAUAGAGACAACACAUGGUAAAAUUAUAGGAAACUCGUCUCCUUGAUGAAGAAAAAGAAGAGAAAUUAAGAACUUCGU